AUGGCUCGAAUCUUUCCAAAUAACGAAUUGUCUGCAGCUCAACUGGUCGCCGCUACUCCCUUUACGAGAUGGGAAACCCCCGAUAAUGAAUCCCCAAUGAAUCAUACGCCUUUUCGAAGAGCGAGACUUGGAUCCGUUCCUAUGGAAGGCGAUAUAUCAGAACAAAUGUCAGAUUUGUCAUUUGGGGAAGAGAAUUCGAGGAUUAUUUCACCUCAUUUCAAUGUUGAUGGUCCGAUAGACUCUUGUUCAGAACUAGCAACACCAAUCCCCGGAUAUGGCGGGGCACCUCCAAUAAUACCCGUUGGGACUGGUGGAGCCGCUAGAGCUACUGCCGCUGCCCAGAAUCUCUUCAAGAAUCAUCAAUUUUUAACUUCUGAGGAUGCACAACAAAAUGAUAGGGAAAGUGCUAUUGGAAUUGCGAUUUCAUCGGGGCUCUCCCAAUGGAACUUUCUAUUCAAAUACUGGCUCAUCUGGAUUAUCGCUCUUUACUUCGAGUCCAAUUGGUUUCUCGCAAAUGGGCAUCUAUGGCAGGAUCACAACAUGUUUGGCGUGAAACUUUCUUGA